CCCAUGACAAUGAGUUCCACAGAUGGAGCAUUGUGUGAGAAAGUAUUUCCUCAUGUUUGUAUUAAACCUGUUGCCUAUUAAUUUCAUCAGGUGACCCCUAGUUUUUGUAUUCUGGGAAGGAUAAACAGUUCUAUUUUUCCAUACCAUUCAUGAUUUUACCAACCUCUACAAUAUUCCCCCUUACUCAUCUCUUUUCUAAGCAGAGCAGCCCUAAUCUUUUCACUCUCUCUUCAUAGGGAAGCCAUUCCAUAUCCCUGAUCAUCUUUGUUCCCUUUCUCUGAACCUUUUCCAGGUUCAGUAUAUCUUUUGUGAAAGGGAGGGACCAGAACUGGACACAGUAUUGAAGGUGUAGGGACACCAUGGAUUUACAGUGGCAUGAUGAUAUUUUCUGCCUUAUUUUCUAUCCCUUUCCUCAUAGUUCCUAACAUUGUUAGUGUUUUUGUCCAUAGCUGUGCAUUUAGUUCAAGUUUUCAGAGAAUGAUCCACUGUGACUCCAAGAUCCCUUUCUUGAGAAGUAACAGCUAAAUUAGAACUUGUCAUUGGGGAAAAAUAAUUCCUACUUUAUACAAUGUGUAUUACUUUGCAUUUAUCAAUGUUGAAUUUCACAAUUCAUGUCAUUGCCCAGUCACUCAGUUUUGUGAUAUUGCCAUGUAACUUUGGCAUCAGCUUUAGAACUAACUAUCUUGAAUAAUUUAGCAGCUGCAAUUUUGUCACUUCAUUGUUCAUGCCCUUUUCCAGCUUGUUAAUGAAUACGUAGAACCGCAAUGGUCCCAGCAAAGAUGCUGUUUCCAUUGUGAAAAUUGACUAUUUAAUCCUACCCUUUAUUUCCUGUUUUUAAGUAGUUACUGAACCAUGAGAGGACCUCCUGUUAUCCCAUGACUACUUGGUUUCCUUAAGAGCCUUUGGUAAGGGACCUUGUCAAAGGCUUUCUGAAAACCCACCACGGAUCAGAAUAGUAGUCCAGCUAGUCUAAUAUCCCAUCUCUGACAGUGGCCAGAAUCCUCCAGAAGGCAUCUGGGGAAUAAUCUACCCCCUACACAGGAUUCACCUUGAUUGCUAGAGGUUAGAGACUGGCUUAAGGUCUGAAGCAUGAGAUUUACCAUCACUUUCAAAUUUUUGUCACUAAUUAUGACAACUCUGUCUAUUCUUUAUCCCUAUAAAUAUCCAAUCCCUUUAUCAAAUUUAAUUAAAUUCUGGACCAUAAUGACUUCCAAUGUCAGAGUUCCAGAUUAAUUACACAUUAUGUGAAAAAGUAUUUCCUUUUAUUGAUUUGGAAUAUCCCACCUUUAAAUUUAAUUGAAUGUCCUCUAGUUCUUGUGUUAGGAGACAGAGCUACAGUUCUAGCUCUGUAGUCUCUAAACCAUGUGCUUUUAUCGUAUCCCAUGUUUCUCCUGAAGAAAGGAGAUGAAAUCAGUCUUUUCAAUUUCUCUUCAUGUGAGAGGUUUUACCAGGCCUUGGAUUACUAUUAUUCCUCCUCUCUAAAUCCCGUUCCAGUUUUGAAAAAGUAAAAGAGACACACCCUCCCACCCCAGCUAUCGAGGGCUGAAAGCUGCUUCAAGUUUGACCCCUCCAGCAAAACAAAGCAAGGCAACAUUUGAUAAGGUAGAACACAGCUAAAGACCACCAGCAGGGAAUUUUAAAACAAAACAUACAGCUCUCAAUUUCAUUUUCCAUUAUAGGUCACAAACAUAGCUUCUUUAUAUCUUAAGAUACACUCCAUUGAACUAUACCAGUCCAAAUAUGCAUAAAAGUAUUCUUUUAUUCUAUAAUAAAACACUAUUUAAUCUUUAAGUAAAUGGAAAAGUCUUUAAAUUAGGCUCUUUUCUUUAAAGAGUCACUACCAUAGCCCACAGAAAAUCUAAUGCAGCAACAGAUCUAUGCAUUAUUUUCACUUUCUGUUGAUUUUGUCACAAUGAUAUGAAAAGAGCGGUUUCCAAGGAAUUCCAAAUACAUGUUGGAUUGCAUUUGAAAAGGUGUUUUAUCACAAAACAAAUACUCCAGGCACUAUAUAAAUGCUUAACAGCAGCAGCCAUAUGAUGAACAAGAAACCUCAGGUAGGUAACCUUUGAGACUGCCUUUUUUGUUUUCCUACACACUUCCUCUCCUUCAGUUUUAUAUUUUUCUACUUGUGGAGGGAAAUAAGGUAAGUUUCAUACAAUUUUAUUUCUUAUUAAAGUAAUAAACUCACCUAUAAAAGCAGGAUCUCUGUAAGACGACCAACUACCUCAUAUACAUGUACCUUUAGUAAACAUUACAAAUUUAUCUGAAAUCAGUUUAUGAAAAAUUGCAGGUUGAAUCUGGACUCAAGGAAAUAAAAGUGUCAAUAAAAAGCAUACUAAGUUGUCCUAUCUUUAUUAAGUUUUCAGGUUUGAUACAGUCUAUGCCCAAAGUCACUCAUGUUUCUCAGAAGCACUAUGCUGGGAAUUCUCCUUAUCUGCAUUCUCUGGACAGAGACUAUUAUGGCUGGAUCUAGUUUUUUAAGCCCCGAAUAUCAAAACACACAGCAACGAAAGGAUCCAAAAAAGCAUACAACAAAGUUAAACCGCCGAGCUGCAGAAGGACUUUUGGAUGCAGAUGCAAGGCAGAUAGAAGGAGACAAUGGAAUAGAAAUUAAGCUUAAUGUUCCCUUUGAAAUUGGUGUCAAGAUAACAGAAGACCAAUACCAGGAGUAUGGACAAGUGCUGGAGAAGAUCCUAGAGGACAUUCUUGCAGAGGACACUUUAGAAACCCAAAACUGACACAAGUUGAAACGUGAAGAUGUUACAAACUGAUUAGAGUACAACAAAAUUCUGCUCAUUGGCUUGGAUUGCUUUAAAUCUUGCUUUACAUUGUGCAAUGGAUGAUAAUAGCAUGUGUUAAAAGACAAAUGCAUAAAGCUGAACAUUUUGUAGUUUUAAAAAGGACAUUUUGUUGUGUAACAGGUCUUUGGAUGAGAUUGCAAGUAGUAUAGAUAUGGUAGACAGAUAGCUGCAAGCAAGGUCAAUCACACUGAAGUCUAAAUGGUUUUCUUACCUUUCAAAACUAUGCGCCUGAAGCUACCUGUUCUGAAAGUGAGGAUAAACUGUGUUAGUCUACCAUGUGCUUCUUGCAGCAGAAAAUAAAGCUAGUGUUGAAACUGCA